AAUAACAACAACAAGAGGAGCAACCGCACACUGAGAGAGGAGGUGCUGAGGAACCUGCGCAGUGUUGUGAGUCUCACAUUUCUGCUGGGGAUGACGUGGAGUUUCGCCCUGUUCGCCUGGGGUCCGGUGUACCUGGCCUUCACCUACCUGUUCUCCAUCUUCAACUCCCUGCAAGGUCUGUUCAUAUUCAUCUUCCACUGCGCGCUGAAAGAGAACGUCCAGAAACAGUGGAGGAGAUUCCUCUGCUGCGGGAGGUUCAGACUGUCCGACAACUCAGACUGGAGUAAGACGGCCACCAACAACACAAAGAAGGUGUCCUCGGACAACAUGAAGUCUCUUUCCUCCAGCUCCUUCGGCUCCAGCACCGCUAACUGGACCUCCAAAGCUAAAGCUACACUCAACCCCUUCAGCAAGAGACACAGCAACACGGAUAAAUGUUUCUCCAACCAGACCAGCCCCAAGUGUGUCUCCUCCUCCUCUUCCUCCUCAGAGGCGGAGCCCAACUCUUCUUCCUCCUCGUCCUCCAUCCUCCCCGUCAGCCAGAUGAUCGACAAGGUGAAAGGUUACUGCUCCACGCGCUCCGACAACUUCUACAAGAACAUCAUCAUGUCCGACAGCUUCGCCCACAGCACCCGCUUCUAGAGCGCCGACCCAGGGCAGACCCUUCCUCCCUGGAACGUUCUAGAAAAGCUUGUGACACCAUCCUCCCAUCAGCUUCUGUUAAAGGUUCCCUCAUGAAGCGCCACGGUGGAAGCUGCCGCGCGCUCUUCUGGAACCGCCCACCAGGUUAUUUAAGGGUUUCACAACGUUUCGCCCAAAGACUUCUUCUUCUAUUCUAGAACUCUUUUCCAGGACGCUUCAAAGACUUCUGACGGUGCGUUCACACGGGACUCGAAGCAAACGUUUUUUCCGUGUGUCGGUUGUUGCUGAUUUAUUUAUGCUUAUAUGACGUAGUUUUGAGUGUCGUAGUGCUAAUGUUAGCGUAGCUUAGCCGUAAUGGAUCUUACUCCCUCCAGAGUUCCCGCCUCCUCUCUGCCGUGUGAUCGGUUAAACACAAACGACGAGGCAGUCAAACUCUCCUCUGUGACGGUGUGGAAGCAACUUAAGAGCCAUUACAGAAGCUCCUUCUGACUUCGUGUUCUGGAACAUUUCAGUUGUUCUGCCCACUCGGUGUCUCUUUCUCUAAAAUAUCUACAUCAUUCCCAUCCUCCCCGCUUUCUCCUGGACCUUUGAAUCAGAAAAGUAGCAACAACUCACCAUGUUUUAUUAUCUUAACAUAAAUGUGCCUUUCCAUGGAAAAGGCUCCAAACCUGAACCCGCUAAACUCCCCGAGCCGAAGUAAAGAUAAUCACGGAUAAUCACGUGAUGCUUUGAAACCCCAGAGGCUCCUGGGUAAUCAGAGGACGCUGAUGUGAUUCUACUGUAUCAUCGACCUGGCUGCCAGACUGUACCCGAGGAAGAGGAAGAGAGGGGAGGAAGGUAGAUAAGAAUCGUUCUGUUUUUAAUACUGUGAUGUUUGUUUGAGCUAUCCGUGUGUGGGUAGCCACGUGUAAAUAUUGAUGAUUAUCUAUUCCAUGUGCCUUAGUCUAUAGUGUUACAAUGGUUGCUUUUGUUCAUGCCUUCACGGGGUCCUGGUGGUCUCCGCCACUGUACAUACAAACCAAUCCCCCCCCCCCUGCUCACCUUGGUGGGAAACAUAUGGUGACAAAAAGGGACGAGAUUAUAGGAUGUACCAGAACCGUUUAUGAGUACUGUAGAGUAGUUCCUCUUCUGAAAGCUACACACCAAUUAAACGAUUAUUCUGAACAUAUUUACAAACUGUUUUUAUGUAUAUUAUCUUUCAAAAACGCCCGAGCACAUUUUGAAUUAGUGUUGGAGUUAUUGAGACGAAUGUAGUUCACGUUAUUGUUUUAUUGUCUCAACGUUUAGCGAACGGAAAUAUCUCUCUCCAAAAGUCUCCGAAUGGCAGAUUGGACUCAUUAUGAGUGGAUGGUUGGCGGUUUGAGAAAAGAUAAUACAAAAACACGAUAAUGCCAGUUGGCCGGUGAAGCUCGGGGCGUGACAGCCAAAGUUUAGCAAUUAAACUCUCAUUUAUGGUCGCAGCAUGGAGAGAAACGCAGCGAGAAGUCCUGAGGUUGGUAACAGCUCUGUGUUGAUGGAAAGACUCUCCGUCAGUUCUUAGAAAUCAAAGAAUAAUGCUCAUAGUUUGGGAUAAAGUCAGCAGGGUUAGGAGCACCACCACCCAAACACAAUGGAGGUGGAUGGGAGGGAUCUUCUGGUGUUUAAAUACUCUUCAACAACAAUGUCCUGAUCG